CUUUUUUUGUUUUUUUUGUUUUUUACUUUUUGUUUACAACAUGGCUCUCCUUUCAACUUUAAAGGCAUCAUUAUUUCGCCGUCAACCUAUUCAAUUUCUUAAUCGCUUCCAUGGGAUUCAACAACGCGCAUGUUAUGGCACUCAAAACUCAUUAAAGUCAGCGUUCGAUAAAAAGUCGAUCCAAUUCACGAGCAAACAAUUAAAGCAAGCAUUAGAUCAAAAAGACGUUGUAUUCUAUCAAGCACCUUCUGGUGUUGGCAGAACAUUCAUGUGGCUGUACAUUUCUGCUGGUGUUCAACUCAUGUUUUGGGGAAAUCUUGCUAGCUUAGCCUAUGUUGCAUAUACAACCACCGAAGGAGAAGGAGAAAAUGAAGCUGUCGUGCUUGCACCCAAAACUCAACGUAUCGCCAUUGCCAGUGGUCUCAUAUCUGUUGGUGUUGCAGUCGCCACACUAAUGUGUCUUUAUCCCUGGAGAUAUAUUGACAAGCUGAUUUUGUUAAAGGGUGCUCAAACCGUGAAACUCGUCACUCACGCUCGUUUGAUAAAAUCACACCAAUUUAAGGAAUAUCCCAUUGAUCAAUUAUACUGUAAACAAAAGGUAUUUACUGGCGUCGGAAAGAAUGGGACUGAUGUUGUUGGAACCAAGGCAAAUUCAUCGCAUAUCUUUUUGGGUGCCAAGGGAGAAAAGAUGGCUUACAUGUUGGAUAGAAAGGGUACAUUUAUGGAUAGCAAACUUUUUGAUGGAUUAUGGUACAAUAUCAAUGGCAAAUAGACUGAAGUUAAUAAAUUAUUUAUUAUAAUAACAAGAGAUAGU